GGAUUUGCCCGAAAGCAAGCAAGCAAGAGAACAUGUCGACAACCGCGGACCUCGCUGCCCGCGUGGACAAGCUGGAGGUGGCACAGCAGCAGCAGGAUGCGCGCGUGGAACAGCUGCAGACGAAGCUGGAGGCGAGCAAGCCCUCGCGCGAGACGUUCUACUUGACGACGGCCAUCCACUACACGAACGGCCUGCCGCACAUGGGCCACGCCUAUGAGAACGUGUGCUCUGAUGUCAUCUGCCGCUACCACCGCGUGUUCGGCCGCGACGUGUACUUCCUUACGGGAACGGAUGAGCACGGUCAGAAGAUCGCACAGACAGCGGAGGCAGCCGGUGUCACGCCCCAGCAGCUGGUGGACAAGUACGCCGGUAUCUUCCAGCAGCUAACUAAGGAUCUCAACAUGAGCAACAACAAUUUCAUCCGAACUACUAGUGACGUGCAUAAGAAGUUUGCCCAAUGGCUCUUCCAGCAAGCCCUUGACAAGGGCGACGUGUACCUUGGCACGUACGAGGGAUGGUAUAACGUGCGCGAGGAGAUGUUCGUGACCGAGACCGAGGCCCAGCUUACGGACUACAAGGACCCUACCACAGGAACGUCUUUUAAGAAGAUGCAGGAGCAGUCGUAUUUCUUCAAGAUGUCCAAGUACCAGGAUCGCCUCGUCAAGCACAUCGAAGAGAACCCCGACUUCCUGCAGCCAGAGGUGCGUCGCCAGGAGCUGCUGCGCCGCCUUAAGGAGCCACUUCAGGACCUCUCAGCCUCGCGUAAUACCUUUGCGCACGGUGUUCCGAUCCUUAACGACCCCAAGCACGUGCUGUACGUGUGGUUCGAUGCGCUGGCCAAUUAUCUGUCGGCCAUCGGCUACCCAGACGGCCCGGAAGCUCGUUACUGGCCUGCUAACGUGCAUAUUAUUGGUAAGGACAUCACGUGGUUCCACUGCGUCAUCUGGCCCUGCAUCCUGAUGAGCACCGGUAUCCCGCUGCCCAAGCGUGUGUUCGCGCACGGCUUCGUGAACGCCAAAGACGGCUCCAAGAUGAGCAAGAGCGUUGGCAACGUCAUCGACCCGUAUGCGAUGAUCGAAAGGUACGGACUGGAGUCGUUCCGUUACUUUAUUGUGCGCUCGGCGAAGUUCGGCCAGGAUAUGCCCUUUUCCGAGGAUGAUCUCAUCAAUAUUCAUAAUUCGGAGCUCGCCGACACGCUGGGCAACCUGGUGCAUCGCACAGUCAACAUCUGCAAGAAGUACUCGAACGGCGUGGUGCCUCUGGCCAAGGCUGACAAACCUUUUGACAUCUAUGAGCUGCUGAAGUACUCGGAGGACUCGUACAAGGACUUCUCGUUGCAGAACGCUUGCAUUGCGAUUGUCAAUACUCUCAAGGACACGAACAAGUACCUGACGGAGAAGGAGCCGUGGCACAUGAAGGAGAAUGAGCCGCGUCUCGUCGUGGUGCGCACGUGUCUGGAGGCCAUCUACGUCCUGGCUCACUACCUGAGCGCUAUCAUCCCUCAGACUGCCCAAAUCAUCUUCGAUAAGCUAGGCACGCCCCCCACGACGCUGACAGCGUUGUCCCCAGAAUAUGACAACCUGAAGCCUGGCACUGAGGUGUCCAUUGGCGGCAUUCUGUUCAACAAGAUCCUGACGGAGGAGGAGAAGCACAAGCAAAGCGAGGCUGCUGCCGCUAAGGCCAAGCCUGCGAAAGCCAAGCUUGUGAAGCCUGCUACGCCGCUCUUUGCCUCACUGGACGUCCGCGUGGGUGUAAUCUCCAAGGCGUGGAAGCACCCGGAAUCGGACAAACUGUACUGUGAGGAGAUUGACAUUGGUGAGGAGGAGCCCAAGCAGAUCGCGUCUGGUCUGCAGUCAUUUUACUCGCUGGAGGAGAUGCAGAACCGCAAGGUGCUGGUGCUGCUGAACCUCAAGCCGGCUAAACUGGGUGGCUUCAAGUCGCACGGCAUGGUGCUAUGCGCAUGUGAUGAGGCUCACGAAAACGUCCAGUUCGUGGAGCCCCCCGCCGACGCCAAGGUUGGUGAGCGCGUGACAAUUGCAUCGGAGAGCGGUGAGCCGCUGUCGGCGGCGCAGAUCAAGAAGCAGAAGGUGCUGGAGAAGGUCUUGCCGGACUUCGUGACCGACGAGAACUGCGUGGCGACGUACAAGGGCGAGCAGAUCAUGACGUCCGCCGGUCUGUGCACUGCUAAGUCGCUGAAAAAGGCGUAUAUUAGCUAGAUUGGCUAUGACGCU